AGGUCUUCUGGCAAAGGUGUUAAUUGACAGCGAGAGUUAAGUUGAUAAACCCUAGAAUCCUCAAACGGGUUCUCGUUCUCGGCCAUCGCAACUAACUUCGUAGAACUCCGAAUUCCUUCAGCCGCCGUUCAAUUGCUUCGUCUCCACACCUGAACAAAGAUAAUAAUGGCUGAAGAAGAAGCUAAGGGGUUGGACUACAUACCGGAGGUGAUACUGAAGAAGAGGAAGAACAGGGAUGAGCUUGCCUAUAUCAGGAGGAGGCAACUAGAGGGGCGUAAUUCCGGCAAGAAGAAGCAGAAGAAAGUUUCUGACAUCAAACGGCCUGAAGAUUUUGUACAUGAGUUCAGGGCCAAGGAAUUAGAUCUCAUCCGGAUGAAGCAAAGGGUAAAGAGGCCAAAGUCAUCUCCUCCACCAGUAAAAUCAAACCUGGUUUUCAUCAUACGCAUACAAGGCAAGAAUGAUAUGCACCCAAAAACCAAGAAGGUUCUUAACAGUUUGCAACUAAGGAGCACCUUUACUGGUGUUUUUGCCAAAGCAUCUGACAACUUGUUUCAAAAGCUUCUGAAAGUGCAGCCCUACGUCACUUAUGGAUACCCGAAUGAGAAGAGCGUUAAGGACCUCAUAUUUAAAAAGGGAUACACAAUAAUAGAGGGAAAUCCUGUUCCUCUUACCGACAACAACAUAAUCGAACAGGCUCUAGGAGAACAAGAAAUCUUUUGCAUAGAAGACCUUGUGAAUGAGAUAGCAAGGGUUGGUGAUCAUUUCAGAGAAGUUAUUAGGUUCUUGGGACCCUUGAAACUCAACAAGCCCGAGGCCGGUGUUUUGCACGGGAAGAAGCAAGUUUUCAGCGAUGGAGGUGAUACUGGAAACCGCGAAGACAAGAUCAACGAUCUCAUCAACAAAAUGAAUUAGAAGAUGACACCAGCAAUCUAUUUUAUUCUUAAGUAUCUGUAUGAGGCUAAAAAACCAUCCAACUUGGAAAAAAACGCUAUUGCAAUUUUGAUAAAUGGCCAUUCGCAAUUUUACAGUGA